AUGCCCUUUAAUGAGACAAAUAUGAUUGAGAGGAAUGUGCGCCAUCGAGGUCGUGGGAACUAUUUUAUAAGAGGCAGAGGUCGUGGAAAAUAUCACGAAAAGAGCGGCAUGAAUACUUUCGAACAAGGAAAUUUCUAUGGCCGUAGUCAUGGUCGUGGUCGUGGUCAUGGACUUAGUCGUGGCCGUGGACGUAGCAACGUUUAUGAAAGAAAUAUGUUUCCCCCCCGAAAUGAUAAUUUUAAACAAGUCCAGAAAUACAAAAACACAUGUAAUAGAUGUGGCAUGACUGGACAUUGGGGGCGAACUUGUCGUACCGCCAAACAUUUAGUGGAUUUAUAUCAAGCUUCCCAGAAAAACAAAGGAAAAGGGGCAGAAGCAAAUUUUGUAAAUGAAGCAAGUACAUCUGGGCCCACCUUAGAUGUCUCCAAUUUCUUUACUGAGGAUGUGAACCUCCACAAACUUGAUCCCCAAGAAGAAGAUAAUUACAUCUUUUGA